AUGUCUACCUCAUCAUCAGCAGGCGCGGGAGGACCAGUUCCGUCAAACCCCCACCCCAUCCCCUUGACGGAAUCUGAAGUUCUGAUCCGCGGAUUCCUCGCCGCUAACCCGGAGCUCGGCGACGAUAAAUCGAAUCCUGUCGAGAUGAUGACCGAUCGGUAUACUAACGAGGAGUGGAAGGCGCAAAUCGAUGAGACUAUCAAGAAUGUCAUGAAAGAGGUGGACAGUGGAGAAAGGGCGAAGAAGGUUUACGAAGGCCCAAGGAUGAGGAAUGGAGAAGAAGCGCUGAAAGAGUUGGCUAAGACGGUGGAUCAUACCGUGCUCAAGUUGGAUGCGACGACAACCGCUAUCGAUGGGCUGUGUAGUGAGGCAAGGACGGAAAACUUCAAGUCAGUUUGCGUCCGCCUCAACUACGUCCAACGCUGCGUUUCCAACCUCAAAGGCACUGACGUCCUCGUCGCCUGCGUCGUCGGUUUCCAUGAAGGAACCCAAGACACAUACUACAAGCUGCAAGAAGCACGUGCCGCCGUAGCAGCGGGUGCCGCAGAACUCGAUGUCGUCCUCAACUAUUCCUUACUCACCAAGCACAACCGACCUGCUUCCCCACCAGCAGACCACAUCCUCACCGCCCGUGACUCAGCAAUCGACAGCAUCACCGCUGCCAACACAGCCAUCAACGCCGGAAGCAGCGAUAUUGAAGAAGAAGAAACAGGAGGAAUCCCAGACUACAGCGCCAUAUACAGGGAAUUGGCUAGCAUAAGAAGUCUCUGUCCUGCCCCUACAACACUCAAACUCAUCCUCGAAACUUCGCAAUUGAAUUCUGCCCAGAUUCUUGCCGCGUCUCAUCUUGCCGCUGCCGCUAGCUUCGAUUUUAUCAAGACAUCUACAGGCUUCAACGGACCGGGCGCUAAUCUUCCCAACGUGAAGCUCAUGGUAGCUGCGGCAGAGUACCUUGCAUCGCGUAAAAUAGGCAAGAAGAAGAUGGAAGUCAAGGCCAGUGGUGGAGUCAGGGACUUGGACACUGCGGUGAAAAUGCUAGAGGCUGGCGCAACGAGGCUGGGAACUAGUUCAGGCCUGUGGAUCAUGCAGGAGGCGAGAGCCAAGGUAGGCGAGGAGAGGGUUGCGGCUGGGUUGAAUUCCGAGGGCAGGAGACCUAGCCCGGUCACGCGGUUAUACACCGAUGAAUCUGAGUACUAG